AAGAAGAACAAAAAAAGAAAAAAGAUUUAAAAAGAUUGACAGGUAUCAUCGUUAAAUUACAGUUCGGUCCCUUAAAAACUAAAAGGGUACCAGGCAUUGGUUCAUGUUGUUUAUCCGAAAUGCCAUGUGUGCAUACUUUCGUUGGUCUGUCACCACUCCAAGGAACAGCCUUGCACUCAUAAGCCGAAGCACUCGGAUAAUAUAAAGAAAGAAAUCCAGGUACCUACCACGCGUCCUUCUCUCUGAUACUCUCCAGUCUCCACGUCGAUGGCCUCCGCAACCAAACCUAUCGCCAUAUCUGUCCUCCUCCUCCUCUUCCUCUUUACCCUUUCUGUGUGCAAAUCCACCAGAGAGGAAGACCCAACACCAGCUCCAUGGCCCCACCAGUUCCACUCCAUACUAUUCAUGAACUACAGCGGAUCCCUCCAGAUAAUCGAUCUCUGGUACGACUGGCCCAAUGGUCGAAACUUCAACAUCAUUCAGGACCAGCUGGGUAAGCUUCUCUAUGACCUAGAAUGGAAUAAUGGGACUUCCUUCUUCUACAGAUUGGACUCCACCAAAGAGUGCAGAACCGCACAUGUUGAGGUGGGUAUUCUUCGCCCCAAUUGGCUCGAUGGUGCCAACUACCUGGGACAACGCCACGUUAAUGGGUUCCUCUGCAAUGUUUGGGAGAAGGUGGACUUCAUUUGGUAUUACGAGGAUGUUGUCACUAAGAGGCCUGUUCAAUGGAUUUUUUACUCUGGGAGGGAGGCACAUGUGAUGACAUUUGAGGUGGGAGCGGUGCUUGAGGAUGCCAAUUGGCAAGCCCCUGUCUAUUGUUUUGAGAAGACGGAUGAUGGAAACGACCCAAAAUCGCAAUUCGCCAUUCCCAGCGGUUACUGGAAGGAUGGUGGGGUGCUUAGAGGUUCAAUUAAUGAUCUCUGAAGAAUGUGAUGCAUCAUGCAUGCCUCUGUUUCUGUCACUUGUGAAUUCCGUUUGAGAAUAAGCAGAGUCAGAAAAAUUUGUCCCUAAUAUUCUCCGUUAUGAACUUUAGCUAUAUCUCUAAUGCCUUUCUAGGCCACAAUUAAUGUUUCGAAAAACCCUUCCAAUAAUGCGAAACAAAUAUAUAUCAACAUCUUACAGAAUUCAGUUGA